GCGGUCCUUUGGCUUCGGUUUGUCUCGUUAUACCUGCUCGAUGUUUGUGUUGAGAGCUCUUCAUCUCUUCUGAGUUGAAUGCAUCGUCGUCUUCGUCUCCGUCCACCUACGCACGCAGCCGGGGAGAGAGGACUGACGGGUGGUGUCGUUCCUUCAUUUCUCUUCCUCGCGACGAACGGAUUGAUCGGAAGCCGGCUUUGAGCCGGUCGUUCGGAGGGAUUUCGUCGGGGGUGGGUUUUCGAAUGGUGGAGAGAUUUUGUGGACCAGCGAUAAAGAAACUGUGAAACCGAGGCGUUCCGAUGGCAAGCAAUAACAAUAACUCAUCGGAGAUGCCAGAAGAGCCGAGCAUCGACACCGACAAGCUCAGCUACGAGAUCUUCUCAAUCCUCGAGAGCAAGUUCCUCUUCGGCUACGACGACCCCAAGCUGUGGGUCCCCAAACAAAUCGACCCGAAACCCGCCGCCGACGCAGCGGCCGACAACAACAACCCCUCCUCCAUCAAGAACCAGCGAGGCAAAAUCUGCAUCCUCGCCGUCGACGCAGGCGGCAUGCGGGGCAUCCUCCCCGGCAAAGCCCUCGCCUAUCUGGAGCACGCCCUCAAGUCGAAGUCCGGCAACCCGGACGCCAGCAUCGCCGACUACUUCGACGUCGCCGCGGGCACCGGCGUCGGCGGCAUAUUCACCGCCAUGCUCUUCGCCACAAAGGACCACAGCCGCCCGCUUUUCCGCGCAGACGACACGUGGAAGUUCCUCGCCGACCACGGCCGGAAGUUCUACCGCUCGCAUCCCGUCUCCGGCUCGGGCGGGUUCCUGCGGAGGCUCCUGCGGGGGCGCUCCGCUGGCUCCACGUCGUCGGCGACGGCCGCGCUGGAGAGGCUUGUGAGGGAGUCCUUCAGCGACGGGGCGGGGAGGGAGCUGACGCUGAGGGACACGCUGAAGCCGGUCCUGGUGCCGUGCUACGACCUGACGAGCUCAGCACCGCUCCUGUUCUCGCGCGCCGACGCGCUGGAGACGGACGGGUUCGACUUCCGGCUCUGGGAGGUGUGCCGCGCCACGUCGGCGGAGCCUGGGGUUCUGGAGCCGGUGCAGAUGCGGUCGCUGGACGGGCGGACGCGGUGCGUGGCGGUGGGAGGGGGCCUGGCGAUGAGCAACCCGGCGGCGGCGGCGAUCACGCACGUGCUGCACAACAAGCAGGAGUUCCCGUUCGUGCGAGGGAUGGAGGACCUGCUGGUCCUGUCGCUAGGGACGGGGCAGCUCCUGGAGGUGAGCUACGAGUACGACCAGGUCAAGGCCUGGAAGGCCCGGGACUGGGCCCGUCCCGUGGCCCGGAUAUCGGGCGACGGGUCGGCGGACCUGGUCGACCACGCGGUGGCCAUGGCAUUCAGCCAGUGCAGGAGCGGCAGCAAUUACGUGCGGAUUCAGGCAAAUGGGUCCAGCAUUGGUCGUUGUGGACCGAAUGUGGAUACAGACUGGAGUCCUAACAAUGUAAAGAUGCUGAUAGGGAUAGCAGAGGAAAUGCUCAAGCAGAAGCACGUUGAAUCGGUGCUAUUUGGUGGCAAGAGGAUCUCAGAACAGAGUAACUUCGAGAAGCUCGACUGGUUCGCCGGAGAGCUUGUGCAGGAGCACCAGAGGAGGAGUUGCCGAAUUGCUCCCACUGUUGCUUUCAAGCAAGCUGUUCCUAAACCCACCUAAACUUAGAACCUCGGACCGGCUUAGCACGAGAAGGUUGCAGCAAAAGAGGCCAAAAGAGAGGAGAAUCUAAGAGGAAAGGAACACAAGCUACACGGUCAUCAAGCUUCUACUUUUCAAAGGGGAAGGAAUUGAGAAUGAGGAAAAAACAAAAAGAGGACAAAAUUGAGUGUGACCAAAAUUUCAAUUUGGGGGUUGGGAAGAUCUUUAGCGGGAUACUUUGUCGUCCAUAGGACCGGCAGUGUGGUGUCCCCUUUGUAGCUUUUUCUACGAUAGCAAGUAAAAACCAAAGU